AUUAUUCUAAUUUACCGAUCUAGCUUGAAUCCUUGAAUACUCAUUAUGGCGGACGGAAUCGAUAGAACGGCGGAGGAGAGGAUGGAGUUUACCACAUCAAAGGAAGUGACUGUCGCGCCAACCUUUGAGGAUAUGCACUUGAAGGAAAACCUGUUACGUGGAAUUUAUGCGUACGGAUACGAAUCGCCUUCAGCCGUGCAGUCUCGCGCAAUCGUCCAAAUCUGCAAGGGCCGCGAUACCAUCGCGCAGGCCCAGUCAGGCACUGGUAAAACUGCGACAUUCUCAAUCAGUAUUCUACAAGUCAUCGAUACAGUUCUGAGGGAAACUCAAGCCCUUGUCUUAUCGCCAACGCGAGAGCUUGCCACCCAAAUCCAAUCCGUGGUUAUGGCCUUGGGGGACUACAUGAAUGUCCAAUGCCAUGCGUGUAUCGGCGGCACUAACGUUGGUGAGGAUAUCCGGAAGCUGGACCAUGGCCAGCAUGUCGUUUCGGGCACCCCCGGCCGUGUUGCCGAUAUGAUCCGCCGUCGCCACCUCCGAACCCGUCAUAUCAAGAUGCUGGUACUUGACGAAGCUGACGAACUGCUAAACCGCGGAUUCCGCGAACAAAUCUAUGAUGUUUACCGCUAUCUUCCUCCUGCCACGCAGGUUGUGGUCGUUUCUGCAACUCUUCCCUAUGAUGUUCUCGACAUGACCACAAAGUUCAUGACAGACCCAGUUCGCAUCCUUGUCAAGCGUGACGAGCUUACCCUAGAAGGGCUCAAACAAUACUUCAUUGCAGUGGAGAAAGAAGAAUGGAAAUUCGACACCCUUUGCGACCUCUACGAUACCCUCACAAUCACCCAGGCCGUGAUAUUCUGCAACACGCGACGCAAGGUAGACUGGCUUACGGAUAAGAUGCGCGAAGCCAACUUUACCGUCUCCAGUAUGCAUGGCGAAAUGCCGCAAAAGGAGCGUGAUAGCAUUAUGCAGGACUUCCGUCAAGGAAACUCCCGCGUCCUUAUCUCCACUGACGUCUGGGCUCGAGGUAUCGAUGUGCAGCAGGUAUCUCUAGUCAUCAACUACGAUCUUCCCAGCAAUCGUGAGAACUACAUCCACAGAAUUGGACGAAGUGGCCGCUUUGGACGGAAGGGUGUUGCUAUCAACUUCGUCACGAGCGAGGAUGUCAGAAUCCUCAGAGACAUCGAAUUAUACUACUCUACCCAGAUCGAUGAGAUGCCAAUGAAUGUUGCCGACCUUCUCACGUAAUUGCGCUAUCGUGGAGCACAAAUGUAGAGCAUGCCUUUCCUCUUUUGUUGAUGAAUGCAUUUUCAAAAAUCCAAAUUGGCAUUUGAUUCCGUUCGCCGCCAGUGAGGUCCGAGGUGGGUAGACUCGCGGCUCAUUCUUACCGCAUUGAAUGCCCUAAGAUGCGAGUAGAUAAGGCUAGUGGAACUUGUGGAGGAAACGGGGUAUAUUUUAAAUUGGAAUCCUUUUCUUUUUCAGUGAAAUUAACUCACCAACGUCCUCCAUUGGUGCUGCCAAUGACAUGCUACUACCCAGAUCCUAAUCCAUCUGACCCUCGAUUUCUUUCUUCUUCCUAAAUCUAAUAUCCAAAUUGAGAUAUCUUAAGAGUCCCAAUUUUGAACCGUCGAGUAUGACACAGUUAUUACCCUGGGUCUAUUCGCCAUAAUGAAAACUAGGCAAUGAAACCUUCACCGAUUCUACCAAUCCAUUGAAUCUCUUAAUUCCAAUGAUUUCUGUUAUGUUAUAGAACUGGAUGUGAUACGGGUAGUGCUGUGACUGUCAAUUAAGUAGGUAGCAAAAAACAAGGGUUCACACCUUUGGUGAUUUAAAAAUGAAAAGAGUAAACAAAGGGCGUUCAGGCUCCUU